AUGGCGAAGAAGGCCAGGCUCGUCAGGAAGGUCCUUCACUUGGACUCGGGACAGCCUGUCCCUAAUCGCUCCGACUGUUCCUCAGGCGUCGCCUACUCCGCUGCGCACAUGAACGGGGAAUUUCCUUCGUUGUCGAAUAACGCGCAAAUGGCUGGUUCGAGCCAAGGAUCAAUGUGGUCGGGCGCUUCGAAUACUGGCAGCCGAAACAUCACUGCACCAGUGCAAAGGAACCAGGGCACGCCUCUAUCAUCCCAAGUCGGACAAGAUGACAUGUUCAGUCCUCCAUCACGAAUGGCCUCUACACAAGGAGGCUUCCGGUUCGGGGGCCACGGCAGCGCGCAGGCAGCGUCGCAGCAGGGCCAGUCGGGAGGGCCGGACGAGUUUCCACCGUUAAAUCGUGGUGAGAAUGGCGAGUUAGGUAAUGACAGGUUAGCUGCCAUGGGAUUUGGGUCACACGACGGGCCUCCGUCAGGCAAUGCAGGGCCAUCCAGCAGAGGGAACGGACUCCUCAACGCACUUUCGGCCACAAACCCCGCGAGUGAAGUGCGAUCACCCCCUGGCAUGGGAAUGCCUGGGUUAUCGAGAUCACAUGACGAGGAAAGAGCAGGCAAUGUCCCCGAGGCCUCUGGGGCUUCUUCCGAAGCCAAAGACACCAAGGCAUUCGAUGCUCCUGCGCCGAUAGAUCCAUUGAACGGGAUGUCCGAGGCCGAUAAAUGGGGCAUCAAGGGCCUGCGAACACUGAUGAACAACUAUCCAGACUACCACGCUAUGGUUGUUGGGCUUGACCCGGCGUCUCUUGGUCUGGACGUCACCUCGCCCGAGCCCAUCUCGACACAAGUAUACUCGCUAUUUGAUGAAGCGCCACCCCGGCCGACUGUCAAUGGUGCCAAGCCUCGUUUACCAGACUGCUACAAUGUCACCAAUGUGCAGCCUAUAGAGACCAAGAUUCAGGGGUUCAAUGAGGAGACUCUGUUUUGGAUCUUCUACAGCUGUCCUCAAGACAUCAAGCAACAGAUGGCAGCAGAGCAACUCAACAACCGCAAUUGGAGAUGGCAUAAGAAGCAUCAAAUCUGGCUCACCAAAGAUGAGCAGAUGACUCCUCAAAUACUGAGUCCGACGCACGAGCGAGGUUACUACAUCGUCUGGGACACCAACAACUGGCGAAAAGACCGAAAAGAGUUCACGCUCUACUACAACGAUUUGGACACAUCCCUGACGCAAGCGUCCGGGCCGUAA